CUGCAGCGCUGAAGCGGGCUGAGUGUGGGUGCUUGACUGCCAGUGGAGCCACCGUCUCUCUCUCAAGCGAAGUGCAACCUGAGAUAUCGAGGCUGUUUACGUUGUCUUUUAACUUUUGAAGGGCCCGAGGAACAGUGUGCUUGAAUGUUGCAAAGGUAUGACAGACUAUUUCGUGAGACAGAUUCCUAAAUGAACCGAAGCAGAGGAUCCAAACUGUGGCAUAAAGCGCAAUGACGGCACAGUCACACGUUCACUGGUGAUUGGAGCUGGGUAAGCAGUGAUGAUGCGUUGUCUGUCAGCCCGUGUUCACUACAAGACCCUGAUAGUGAUCUGCGCUCUCCUCUCUCUGCUCACGGUCGUUCUGUGGAACAAGUGUACGAGUGAGAAAGCGCUGCGCUUCCUGCCGCGGCACCCCCAGCCCCCUCCCAGCCCGAAAAUAGACAGCCAUCCGCAGCAGCCCCAGCCCCCUGAACCUCCACCUGUGGUCGGCGGAGUGCGCUAUGAAGAGAUCGACUGCCUGAUCAAUGACGAUGCCACCAUUAAGGGCCGGCGGGAAGGCAGUGAGGUAUACCUGCCCUUCAGCUGGAUGGAGAAGUACUUUGAGGUGUACGGCAAGGUGGUACAGUACGACGGCUACGAUCGAUUUGAGUUUUCGCACAGUUACUCCAAAGUAUACGCCCAGAGAGAGCCGUAUCACCCCAAUGGAGUCUUCAUGUCCUUUGAGGGGUACAACGUGGAGGUGCGUGACAGAGUCAAAUGCAUCAGUGGAGUGGAAGGAGUACCUUUGUCCACCCAGUGGGGCCCUCAAGGGUAUUUCUAUGCUAUCCAGAUAGCUCAGUAUGGCCUGAGUCAUUACAGCAAGAACCUGACAGAGCGACCACCCCACAUGGAAGUGUAUGACACAGCGGAGGAGAGAGACAGCAGGUCUAGUGCGUGGACUGUCCCUAAAGGCUGUUCUCUCACCAGAAUCUAUGACAAGACCAGAGCCACAUCGGUACGACAGUUCAGCGCUCCAGAAAACUCAGAGGGUGUCUCACUUCCUCUUGGCAACACUAAAGAUUUCAUCAUCUCUUUUGACCUGAAGUUUACAUCCAAUGGUAGCGUCUCUGUCAUCUUGGAGACCACAGAGAAAGGUCCUCCAUUCGUUAUUCACUACAUCACCUCCACCCAGCUCAUUUCUCUCAAAGACCAUGACAUCACCUAUGGGAUCGGCCCUCGAACUGCAUGGACCACAGUCACCCGUGACCUUCUCACUGACCUCCGCAAAGGCAUUGGCCUCUCCAACACCAAAGCGGUCAAAGCCACCAAGACCAUGCCACGACGUGUCGUGAAGUUAGUGGUGCACGGCCACGGGAUGAUAGACAACAUCACAAUUUCCACCACUUCGCAUAUGGCGGCUUUUUUCGCCGCCAGCGACUGGUUGGUGCGCAACCAGGACGAGCGGGGUGGUUGGCCGAUCAUGGUGACUCGUAAACUCGGAGAGGGUUUCCAUGCGCUGGAGCCGGGUUGGUAUUCAGCCAUGGCACAAGGGCAGGCCAUGUCCACUUUAGUGCGUGCCUAUCUGAUGACAAAAGAUGACACAUAUCUAAAGGCUGCCCUGCGCGCCACCGGACCUUUCAAACUGCCAUCGGAGCAGCAUGGCGUCAAAGCCGUGUUUAUGAACAAGUAUGACUGGUAUGAGGAGUACCCCACAAUCCCUAGCUCCUUCGUUCUGAACGGGUUCAUCUAUUCCCUCAUAGGCCUGUAUGACCUGGCUCAAACCGCAGGUGAGAAGCUAGGUCGGGAUGCGGGUCAGUUGUACAGCAGGGGGAUGGAGUCCUUGAAAGUUAUGCUCCCCCUGUACGACACUGGGUCAGGCACCAUCUAUGACCUGCGCCACUUUAUACUGGGCACGGCGCCCAAUCUGGCCCGUUGGGACUACCAUACAACGCACAUCAACCAGCUCCAGCUGCUGGGUACUAUCGACAACUCGCCCAUCUUCAGGGACUUCGUAAAGCGCUGGAAAAGCUACCUGAAAGGAGGGAGGGCCAAGCACAACUAAAGCGGAGCACACCUCUACGAUCUCUUCAGGCCCUCGCAUCCUCUUCCCGACUGCCACCAUGAAGGCCACUGUGUCUAGCGAGGAGAAAAAAAUGGCUGAACACUUUGGUAGCCCUCAGAUUUUUCAGUUUGAGACCGUAAUUGCAGUGCUUCUUGUGUCUGUGCUGAGGUUUUAAUUAGGUACAAACGCAGCUGCUUGCAGCAUGUGUCUGGAUAAGGAAGAGGGAGGGCUUAGGUAUUUAAAAUUCAAAGCUCCAGAUCUGCAGGUUUGAGUGAGAAACGCGUCCACUGAGAUUUGCCACAUUUGGGCUCACUUCAGUCAAGAUGAAGAAUCACGAAGCAGCUUUCAGAACCUUCUUCCAAAGUAAAGCUCAGAAGCUCAGAAGAUAAUUAGUCAUCAGACAGGCAAAUUCCUAGAGAACAAACUUCAGCUGCAAUAGUUAUUUCAGUUCGUAGCCUGUGAGCAGAACAUUAAUGCAUAUAAGCUACGGAUAAAAAUGUCCUCAAGUGUAGCAUUGUUAUAUUUCACAGAACGCUGAAGGUUUACUUGGUCGGUUUGACAUCGGAAGGAAACGCAAUGCCUUUUGUUCAGUCCACUGUCCAGCCUUCAGUCUGCAUUUCAUGAUCCUUUGCUCCGUCAGACCUUCGCCACAAUCAGAUUGAGCUGUCACUAAUGCAGCCCAGUCCUGCCCAUAAUGCACUUAAAGCUUUAGAGAGGUGGUCGCAGGUCACUUGCUUCAUGUUUACAACCGAUUUCAGGAAACAUUGCUGUAGUAGUUAUUAAGACACCACUGUCCCAGACUAACAAACACAGAGGCUGUUUUUUGAGAAAUCUGAGGGACUCUGAAUGGUCAUGUAGCUGGUGUUCAUCAAACCUCAGUUAAAUUGUGCAACAUGUAGACUGGUCAUGCACUUUACUUGUGUGGCAUGCGUGUGUGUGGUGAAGAUGCGUUUAUACAACCAUGUGAUGAAUUACGAUUUCAUUUUUGACAUCAAUCUAGUUUUUUUCCUUCUCUUUCAUGCCCUAAUGGCGGUGAAUCAUUUAUAAGGGAAUUUUUGAACUUUUUGCUGAUUGCAAGUUUAUUGUAGCUGUACCCAUUUACUUUUAUACACUUUAUACACAUGUCCUUUUUUGUUUUGAAUGUCACUCAUGUGGAGCAAAAUAAUGAGAAUAUUACUUUCACAUUUACAGUUGAGGUCAAAAGUUUACAUACACCUUGCAGAAUCUGUAAAAUGUUAAUUAUUUGACCAAAACAAGAGGGAUCAUACAAAAUGCAUUUUAUUUUUUAUUUGGUACUGACCUCAAUAAGAUAUUUCACAUAAAAGAUGUUUACAUGUAGUCCACAAGAGUAAAUAAUAGUUGAAUUUAUAAAAAUGACCCUGUUCAAAAGUUUACAUACGCUUGAUUCUUAAUACUGUGUUGUUACCUGAAUGAUCCACAGCUGUUUCUUUGUUUAGUGAUAGUUUUUCAUGAGUCCCUUGUUUGUCCUGAACAGUUAAACUGCCUGCUGUUCUUUAGAAAAAUCCUUUAGGUCCCACAAAUUUUUUGGUUUUACAGCAUUUUUGUGUAUUUGAACUCUUUCCAACAAUGACUGUGAUUUUUGAGAUCCGUUUUUCACACUGAGGAAAACUGAGGGACUCAUAUGCAACUGUUACAGAAGGUUCAAACGCUCACUGAUGUUCCAGAAAGUAAAACGAUGCGCUAAGAGCCGGGGGUGUAAACUUUUGAACUGAAUGAAGAUGUGAACAUUUUUCUUAUUUAGCCUAAAUAUCAUAUUGUUUCAUUUAGUACUGUCCUUCAGAAGCUAAAGAUGCUUGCAUGUUUCCCAGAAGACAAAAUAAAUCUUCAAAAUCUUCAAAUUCCAAAAGUUUUCAUCCCCUGGCUCUUGAUGCAUUGUGUUUCCUUCCGAAGCACUGCAGUAAGCAUUUGAACUUUCUGCAGUAGUUGCAUAUGAGUCUCCCAGUUGUCCUCAGUGUGCAAAGAUGCAUCUCAAAAUCAUAGUCAUUGUUGCAAAGGGUUAAAAUACACAAAAAUGCUGAAAAAACAGAAUUUGUGGGAGCUGAAGGAUUUUUCUGAAGAACAGCAUGUGGUUUAACUGUUCAGGACAAACAAGGGACUCAUGAACAACUAUCACUAAACAAAACAGGAAAAAAAAAUAUUAAUCAUUCAGGCAACAACACAAUAUUAAAAGUCAAGCGUAUGUAAACUUUUGAACAGGGUCAUGUUUAUAAAUUAAAAAUAACAUGCAUUUAUAUGAUCCCUCUUAUUUUGGAAAAAUAAUUGACAUUUUGCAGAUUCUGCAAAGAGUAUAUAAACUUUUGACCUCAAAUGUAGUUGAAUAACUUGCAUCUCAGCCAAGCAAAAGAUGCUGUUUCAUGUAUUAAAAGACAUUAAUGAUCAGUACUUCCUCAUUAAAAUAGUGAAAUGAUUUGCAUGUAGGACUAUAGCAUCUUUUUUUCAGCUUAAUUUCAGCAGUCUUCUGACUAGUGCAGCCAGGCGUCUGAGACUGAUUUUUGGCCGUGUCACUUCUCGACAUUUCUCAAAGCGGUCACCCACUUGACCUCAGCAGUAGAAGCUCCACCUGGCUGAAUGCUGUCGAUCUUAAAAACCACAGCUGCGAAGAUGCUGAGAUAUUAUCCCAUUAUCUGGCAUCCUGCUGUUCUGAACCAUUUCAAACAGAUGUUCACAUUCCAGUGUGGGCUUUUGGCUUCAGAUUUUCAAAAAAUAAAUGUCAGAGAAGAAAAAUGUGGCAUUUUGGAAUGUUUGAUAUGAAAGCUUCUGAUUUGUUUGGCAGAGAUAGCUUUAGAGACUAUGGGUGCUUUAGCCCUGAGGCGUAGCUUUUGUGUUGACCCUCUUUUGGUUUAAAAAUCAUGUUUCCCCAUGAAAAUCAGGUUGCUUGUAGUCUUGCUGACACGGAUCUCACAUUUAAUACUAUGCACAUUUCAUACUUGUCGCUUAAUGGACAGAUAGAGGUUUAUUUAAAGAGGAAAAGAUGUUAACAUGAGUGAGGCAGAGAGCUACAUUUCAUUUAUACUGUACCAAAGUCUUUCAAAUUUGGGUUAUUUUUAUCUGAAACUUUAGUUAUUGUAUUAUGCUGUAUGGAAGACCAUGGAGCAUUUGUCUAUUUUUUUUUUUUUUUUUCCUAGUUUGGAAAGAUGAUGUGAUUAAAGAAACACUUUGAGGUAGUGGUUACAUGCCUUCCUCUUCCGAAGAAAUGCCUUUUGAUACUGUUUUUUGUUUUUCACCUUCAGUCUAGAUUUGUAUAAAAUGAGUGGGUAUAGAUGGGAACAGGGAAUAUUAUUAAUCACUGCUAUCUAUGGGGAUGUGUGCAAAUCUUGAAGUAGAGCUAGCGCUCAGUGCUACAUAUUUCAAAAGGGAAAGGAGAGACUUGGAACAGCAUGUCUGUUCUUAAAAGCCUUGUUUCAAAGCAGCCUCCUUUUGAGUUGGGUUUACCAAACGUUGUUUGCAUUUGAGAACUCCUUGGAGUAAAGCAAUGUUAAAGCACAACUAUAGUUUCUUUAAUUAAUUUAUUCUCAUCUCUCUCUCUCUCUCUCUCUCUCUCUCUCUCUCUUUCUGUUUCUCUCUCUUUUAAAAAUGUCUGGACUAUGUGCAAAGCCUUCCUCUGCAAGCUGCUGCAGUUUAAAAUUGUAAAACAGUAGAAAAGAGUAUAACAGGUUGAUCUUUUUCCCUCCUUUUUUUCAGUUUUGUUUCAUCCUUGAGUUACAAGUUGACAUGCAAGGUGUAUUUCAUGUGUAUGCAAUAAAUGGUUGAACUGGAUCGCAACAGCUGCACACCCACAGGUUGUACAGACUUUGCAAAGGAAGCACAAUGUGCGAUCAUUUUUAUGCAGGACAAAUGUUUAUUAAACUCUUUGUGCUUUAAAUUGCUUUUUUAAAAUUGUAUAAAUAAAGGCAUUUCGUUUUAUACA